AAGCCCAUAUGGAUGGCAAGUCUGCAGGAAAAAGGGCAUUUAAUUACAACGGUAUAUUCGUGAAAAACCCUUGAUAAAGCCAAGGUAUUGGAUUAUAAAAUGAAUCACAACAAAACACAAGCACCUUAGCCAGGUUGUUAAAAAGCGGCAGGCUUUAAUCCAGGAUUAAAAGUUUAAAGGAGAUAGAAGGGUUAGACCUUUCCUGUUAUCAAGUUCAAUUUUUCCGUGUGAAAAGUUUUUCUUCAACCUAUUGGGUUCAAAUUGAUAUCAAGGAAAAGGAAGUAAACGAAACAUCCUUCACUUCCGCUUCUGUAUGAGCCUGCAAUUUCCCGAGCAGCGCCUUGUGUGGAGAAUGCGUAAACAAAGGCCGGGGACCGAAGCGGAAACGGAAUUAGAUCGGAACAACAGCUGAGAACGGCACGCUUACACUAUGAGUGGGAGAAUUAGCUUAGUCUCUUAAAAGUUGAGAUAAAUGUUUGCAAAACUCAAGCAGAAGAUCGCCGAAGAGGAAUCCACCUCAGACUCCAGCCGCUCUUUGCCUUCUAGUCCGAGCAGUCGACGAGCGAAAGUCAAUAAUGGAUGGACGGAGAACAAAUGGGAAACGCGAAGACUCAUCAAUGCGAGCUUGUACGAAUCAAGGGAAUCACUCCUUAGCGAAAGCAGUGCUGCUUCAUCAGGGAUCAAUUUAUGUAGACAUGUUUCUUUCACGAGCAGAUCAGCUUCGACUCCAGUUGGGACGCCUAUCGAACCACCAAGUUUUUCGGUCAACUCUCGGUCAUCAAAGGAAGAAAUUCUUCAUUUGCUGGCAAAGAAAGGAGAUCAAGUCAGUAAACUGGAGGCAAAGAUUGCAGAUAUGGCAAGUCUACUGAGAGAGCAAACCAGAGUUAAGGAGUCACUUGAAUGUGCUCUUGAGAAGCAGAAGGAAGAGCACUCUUCAAGAUUAUGAAUCAUGAAUAUGGAGUUUGAAGAGAAAUCCAGGAAAAUGAAAAGUGAAUUUGGGAAGACACUAGAUGAAAAAAAUCAGGAACUUGAAAGUAAACUAAAGGAAUUAACUUUGGAAAGCACACGUUAUGCAGACUUGAAUGAACUUAACCAACUUCAACAACAAGAACUCACCAAGAUGAAGUCCUUGUUUAUCCAGUACCAAACCGAUGCUACUCGCAAAGCUGCAGAAAUAUUUGAAAAAAGCAAGCAAAUAGAGGACUUAGACAAAUCUUACCUUGAACAAAAAGGAGAAUUGGCUUCUCUUCAGGAGCGUUUAGAUGACUUGGCUCGUGAAAGGACAAAGUUCGAGUCCCGUGACAAACAACAGCAGGCACGAAUAACAAGUCUCGAAAAAGAAAAGACUUCUCUUUGCGACGAGGUUAAAAGCACUGUGAAUGAAUUAACACAGAAAUCAGUACAGCUCGAUAGAGCGGAAAAGUCCCUCCGUCUUCAAGAAGAGGAACUGGUUAACUUGAGGCAGACGCACGCUUUGUAUAAAAAUAAGGUCUCAAUGGAACUGGAGCAAAACGAAGGAGAAAUUGCUCAGUUGAAAGAAAGAGUUGGCGAUCUUCAACAAAGAGUUGACGAUAGCAAACUUUCGGGAAAUGACCAGGUUCAAGCUAUGGAAAAAGAGAGAGAGCAGCUUGAGAAUCGGCUCCGUGAAACUCGUGAUCAACUCAAUGAAUUGAGGGCGAAUUCAAACGAUCGAACAAACACUCUGGGAUCUCUGGUUAGCACUCUAAAUGAAAGAUUCGAAAGAAAGGAAUCAGAACUCACCGAAUGCAAACGAAAGUACGACCAGGAUUACGAAAGCUGGAAAAGUAAAAACUUUCAACUUGAGCAGGAGUUGGCCGUAUUACAGGAGGAAUCGCUGUCAGGAAAGCGCUCCUCAGACAGGCAAACAGCGAACUUGGAAGGACAGGUGAUGCGUUUGGAAGCUGCUCGGGAAAGAGAAAAAAGUGAAAUGCAAACAAAGCUGGACCAGCUGAAAAUGAUCGAGAAUGAGUAUUCCAGACAGGAGGACUCAUAUAAGCAACAAAUAGCUGACUUGGAGGAGGAAAAAGAGCAGCUACAGAACGAACUUCAGUCCAAAGCAGAGGAGAACCGACAAGUUUCACUGUGCUUGGAGGACGCUAUGAGAGAAACAAAUGAGCUCAAAAGCCAGAUUGCUAAAUUCGAGGAGACACUAAAGGAGAAAAAUAAUCUGUUGACUUGCUUUAAAGAGAGUAAGCUUGAUUCACCUUCCCAUGUUGUGAGUAACCUCGGUCCUGAAGCACUCGAAAACCUCAAAGAGGAGCUGAAAAUCACGCAGGAUCGUUACAAGAAUGCAGAAGAAGUUUUAAAACAGAGGGAAAAGACUAUCUCUGAUCUACGGAAAAUAGUCACUGAAAAGGAGGAGUUACUGAACCAUUCAACCACUAAGUUGAGGCAAUAUGAAGAAAACAACAGAUAUAUAGGAAAUGAUAGAACUUAUAGUUCGGAAAGUAGAGAUUCACACAAGUUAAUUACGAAUUUAAGAGAAAGAGUUAAGGAACUGGAAGAGCAGCUUCAAGAAAGAGAGAUGCUUCUUUUGGAUGAAAACGAGUUACGUGACCUCAGAAAAGAUAACAAUCGACUUGAAAGAGACCUGGAGGACAAAGAUAAGAAAAUAAAACUUUUACAAGCUAAAAUUAUAGAAUUAAAGAAGGCAUUCCAACGAGAACUGAAAAUGGCUGCCCCGGGGGGCGAACCUGUGCAGAGAAGUCCUGGAACUCCGAAUGGAGACGUCAUUGUACACAGCGAUGAAGAAAAAGAAAGACAAGACUAUCUCGAAGUUAACUUUAAUCACGUCAGCUAAUCAACGUGAUUGGUCACUUGUUAAGAUUUACCCCGAAAGAGGACGCAUGCGUCAGGGAAGCAAUGGAAUGGAAGUUGCCAUUAGAUUAGGAUUCUUAAAAAGAGUGUUGUUAGUUUUGGAUGGAAACAUAGAACGUAGACAAAAACAAAACUUUUUCUUCAGGGUUUAUCCUGUUUUUCAAAUGACAUGAGGUGGCCACGAGACUCUAUGUCAUCAUCAUCAUCAUCAUCAUCUCAUUUUUUCUAACUUAUAACGGUCUAAAUUUUCUUGUAAAAUGCAGCGAUAAGUUAUAAACGCAGCGGAGUUAAUAUUCAAAAUGUUAUAGGAAUUAUGAAAACUGAACCAAAAAAUAGGACAUCAAUAGACAAUUUUUCCGUAAAAGUCAGUUACAGAAAUAACCUUUUGUGAAAGCGUUACCUCUCGUUGACAGAACUGGUCAUGACAAUAAAGUGGAAGCCGGAAUCAGCACCUUACAAAAAUAUAUAUAGAAAAAUAACCUGACAAUUACAGAAAAUAUUAUGUGGAGGGAGGUAAAAUAUCUUCUAGAAUAUAUUUUUAAGAUAAAACGUCAAAAUUAAAUUUAUCUAAAGACGUGAUAAAAUUCAUCAGGAAGGAGAAUAAAUUAUUGAAGUCAUUA